UAUCAUGGGGAUCCCGGCGCGAGGGGAUGGCGGCGAGCAGCGGAGGUAUUUCAGGGAAACGCCGGAUGUGAGCGUCACGCCGGUGGAUUUCCUGUGCUCCACGAAGGAGAGCGAUCUCUUCCUGGCGUGGAAUGUGACCAAGAUCCAGGGAUGGUGGAAAUCUAGGGCCUGCGCUAGAGAAUUCGCUGCCAUGGUUUCUCCUUUCUCCGCUCUCUUGAGAUUUCCUUCGUUUCCCUUUCGGUAUUUCAGCUUUUUCUCUCUCCCUUUUUUGUUUUGUUUUGUGUUGUUUUGUUUUGGCAGAAAGAAGCUGCGCGUUUGCUGCAAGCGGCCUGGAGGAAGCACCGAAAUGCCAGGAGAAUACGAAGGAAACGGGGCCGAUCUAGAAAUUCACUGCACGCUGCUGCGUGGAGGAUCCAACGCUGCUGGCAUUCUUACGCGAUACUACAAAGACCUCAUCACUAACACUGAAAAGCUCCAUCCAAGCCUGCUUCUUCGGAGAAUCAAUCCAUCAGAAGCAGCGCUAGCAGACUCGGCAACCGGCCUACACAUUCGUUUUAGGCUCGGUGGAAUCACGUUUCCUCCUUUGCUUCUCUACAAACUUUACACACACAGGCCCGUGGUGGACAUGGGAUCGUUUAGCCCCCGAAAAUACUCCGUGUCGCUACGCCGGCCUCUCACGCGCGGUCGCGAUCCUCGACGGUGUUUUCAACAGCCCGUGAAGCAAACCACAGAGGAAUACGUGCGUUGCGAGAACAAUGGAUGGAGGCUGGUUUGCGACACUGCGUGGAUGCACAACGCGGACGAGCUUAUCCAUGACAAGAUGAAGAUCUUUUAUCCAUCCGUGACCGCAAGACGAGAACACAAAGCCCAAGAAUCACGCAAGAAAAAACGAGCUUGGCUCAACAAACUGUAUAAAGAAGGUCGUCUAGCCGAGAUCGCUGGCACAGCCCCGAGCGGAAACAGCGGUAGCGUCGAGGAUGACAAUCGAGCCAUCGAGUUAUUCCUGUGGAGCCUGGGCCUCAACUUCGAUUCUUACGAAGCUCACUGGAGCAACCUUGCGACGAGCUGUGUCAUACCAUCUUACGAGUUCCACGACGGCCAACCUUGCUGCAUUUAAAGAAAUACCUCUCUCGCUCUACCUGGUGCUGCCACAUAGCUCUCCAAGUGGCACUGCAUGGAAACCUUGAGACAAGAAAACGAGGAUUGGUCAAGUUUAUUACCUCUCCUUCGCGUGCUCUUCACUAGGGAGGCAGGGUCUCACUUGGAGAUGAUGGGAAAGACUGGUUUUACUUCCUUGCGAGGUUCCAGGAGGUGGAGCUUCAGGAACUUUGCGAGCGGUCGAGACGGUGCCAAUGCUGUAACAGGGGCGCCCAAGACGUCAGAGGCAGCCGCUAGUGAUCCUAUAGGCGAGGAGAUGCGGGCCGAUACCUUUGUCAUGGAGGACACCGAGGUUGACAAGGAUGCGGCCACUCCCGGGAGAGGAAAGAACACCAGUGGAGGCGGAGCAAGUUGGAUGGACGCGACCAGGAGUGCUGUUCGCGGCGUUGUCGAUAGAGUUAAGCAGUUCACAGGUACCAGCUAGUUUUGGGAGAAGAGUGUACAUCUGGAGCUGAAAAGAAAGAUUGAGAAAGACUUGUUUUGAGAUGAGAGGAAAAGAAAAGAAAAGAACCUGUUUGAUGCUCACGGCCUUUCGCCGCACAGCUCGAGCAGCUUCAUCAGGCUUUGC